AUGAUCGGACUCGCGGGGCUCUCCACGGGUCCUAGGACAUUCAAACAACUGCUCAGGACGAGCUGGUCCGUAGCCACUUUGGCUCAAGCCGCUGGUGUCACUACGGCCCGCGCGAUCACGCGCAGAAGCCUCCUGCCCAGCUCGAUCGGUUCCCGACCGCUCCAGAGGGCCAUGGCGCUGCCCAUGAAGACCGCGAUGAAGACUGGCAUGAAGGCCGCGAUGAAGACCAGCAUGAAGGCCGCGAUGAAGAAGAAGAAGAGCAUGAGCACUAUCGCCAAGGGCGUGCAGGCCAAGAGCCAAGUGUUGAAGGGUGCGAAGGUGAAGACUUCGGGGGGCCUUACGAAGGAUAGUCUCAUGAAGAACAAGCGCGGCAAGGUCGUGUCGAAGAAGAAGCACGCGGCUGGCAAGAAACUUUUCGCUGCGGUGAAGAAAUGGGGCGAGUGCGUCGCCAAGGCGAGGGCUGCACUCGGCCUGAAGGGCUUCGUGGCCAUCAACGGCAAGAAGCCGGAGGGAAAGGCGCUUUAUGCCAAGGCCAAGGCCUUGUAUGCCCAGGCGUAG